GUGAAGGAAGAGAAACUAUGCGCGAGAGUGAACCGAGAGAGAGGCACAGUUGAGUAGCAAAGCAAUGAGCGCAGUGGGUGGGUUUACUCUCACUCUCAGUCCCAUCAAUUUGAAACUCCCCCUUCUCCCUUCCAAUCGCCUCUUUAACCGCACUCCCUUCAAAUCUUCCAUUUCCUUCUCCCUACGCUCCAACGACGAGCAACAACCCCUCGGCCUCGACAUCGCCGCACUAAGGUCAGCUUCCGUGAGGCUCAUUGAUGGGAAUCAGAUCAUGGUCGGAGUUGUGUCCAAGACUCUGGCCCGUCAAAUGGCCCAGGAUUCUGAACUCGACCUGGUGAUAGUAUCCCCAGAUGUAGAUCCUCCUGUUGUUAGAAUGAUGGAUUACAAUAAGUAUAAAUAUGAACAGCAAAAGAAGAAAAAAGGACAGCAGAAAAGAAGUGCUGCUAAUCGGAUGGAUUUGAAGGAGCUCAAAAUGGGAUACAACAUAGACCAACAUGAUUAUUCUGUGCGUUUGAAAGCUGCCCAGAAAUUUUUGAAAGAUGGUGACAAGGUUAAAGUCAUAGUGAACCUCAAAGGCCGUGAAACUGAAUUCAGGAAUAUUGCUAUUGAGCUUAUUAAACGUUUCCAGAGUGAUGUUGGGGAGCUUGCAACAGAAGAGACUAAAAGCUUUCGUGACAGAAACAUGUCCAUAGUUAUGGUUCCAAAGAAAGCCGCUCUACAGAAAGCUCAAGAACCACCGAAGAGAAAAGACAUGUCAGCAGCAGAUGAAGUCUCCGCUGGUGUCCAACAUAACUGAAAGCUUUCGUUUCAUAGAUGGACUCAGGUCAGGGUGGCUUACAUUCUUUUCAAGGGAUCCCGCUUGCUUAACCAAUCAUUUAUGGAAGUUCUUCUUAAAUUGUUAUUGAAUGGUUGAAGUUGACAGUAAUAUUAAUGCUAUUCAAUUGGUGACUACUAGUAUGAGAUCGACUUAAAUCAAGAAGUACUAUCCCAACUCACAACAAUAUACGCAUUUGCUAGGAAAACAUCAAUUUCAGAUCAAUAAUAUUAUGGUUUAGUGGAGGACGAUUACCUAUUUUAGGGGGCUGCUUAAUGGCUAUAUAUUCUGGUCGAGGCUACUCUAUCGCAAGAUGUAGAAGCUGCAACAUACGUACCUAACGAUUUGAAGGUUGCUUAACUUUCAAGUUCUUACCUUCCAAGAAUGCUGACAUGUUUUUUACUUGCACAGAACGUAGUCUCCUGAAAGCAACACCUUUUGUGUACAAUAGUAUUUUUUGUUUUCAUUGAAAGUUAAUCAUUUUCUUUUCUGUUUCCCUCUGGAUUCUACGAUUGUUUAAGAAUCGACCAGUCAAAUUCACUGUAUUUUUCUAGCUGUGAUGGUAGUAAGCCUUUUCUUUUUUAGGA